GAGGAAGUGGCGGGAGAAGGCGGGAGGAAGCAAAACGAGCUGCAGGCUUUGGUUGAGAGUCGGCGGCGGCCGGGAGAAGGAGCGGUACCUGCGGCCGCGAAGGCCAGCGGGCCGGUGGGGAGCUCUCCGAAGGGCGGGCGCCUCCCAGAGUCGGUAACUCCCCGCGUCUCUGGCGUCUCCACCAUGCGCCCGCCCCCGGAGAGCAGCUGCGGGCGCGGGGCCUAGAGAUGAUCCUCCCGGCCGCCCGUUACGCGCUCCGGUGGCUUCGACGGCCCGGGGGCCGUGCUGUGACUCUCGCCGCCAUGGACGUGGCCUUCCGAGGCGUGCGGAAAGUCCUCUGUGUGGCCGAGAAGAACGACGCGGCCAAGGGGAUCGCAGAUCUGCUGUCCAGCGGUCGCAUGAGACGGAGAGAAGGGCUUUCUAAAUUCAACAAGAUCUACGAAUUUGAUUAUUAUCUCUAUGGUCAGAAUGUUACCAUGAUAAUGACUUCGGUUUCUGGACACUUGCUGGCCCAUGAUUUCCAGAUGCCGUUUCGAAAAUGGCACAGCUGCAAUCCCCUUGUCCUCUUUGAAGCAGAAAUUGAAAAAUACUGCCCAGAGAAUUUUAUAGACAUCAAGAAAACUCUGGAACGAGAGACACGACAGUGCCAGGCCCUGGUGAUCUGGACUGACUGUGACAGAGAAGGUGAAAACAUCGGGUUUGAGAUCAUCCAUGUGUGCAAGGCAGUGAAGCCCAGUCUGCAGGUGUUAAGAGCCCGGUUCUCUGAGAUCACUCCCCGCGCUGUCCGGACAGCCUGUGAAAACCUGACCGAGCCAGAUCAGAGAGUCAGUGAUGCUGUGGAUGUAAGGCAGGAGCUGGACCUGCGGAUCGGAGCUGCCUUCACUCGGUUCCAGACGCUGCGGCUCCAGAAGGUUUUUCCUGAAGUGCUGGCCGAGCAGCUUAUCAGCUAUGGCAGCUGCCAGUUCCCCACCCUGGGCUUUGUGGUGGAAAGGUUCAAAGCCAUUCAGGCCUUUGUGCCAGAAGUCUUCCACAGAAUCAAAGUAACUCACGACCACGAAGAUGGUGUUGUAGAUUUCAACUGGAAAAGGCAUCGUCUCUUCAACCACACAGCUUGUCUUGUCCUCUACCAGUUGUGUAUGGAGGACCCCAUGGCAACCGUGGUGGAAGUCAGGUCAAAGCCAAAGAGCAAGUGGAGGCCUCAAGCUUUGGACACUGUGGAGCUGGAGAAACUGGCUUCUCGAAAGUUGAGAAUAAAUGCUAAAGAAACUAUGAGAAUUGCUGAAAAACUCUACACUCAAGGGUAUAUCAGCUAUCCCCGAACAGAGACAAACAUUUUCCCCAGAGACUUAAACCUGAUGGCGUUGGUGGAACAGCAGACGCAGGAUCCACACUGGGGGGCCUUUGCCCAGAACAUUCUAGAAAGGGGUGGCCCCACUCCACGCAAUGGAAAUAAGUCUGACCAAGCUCACCCUCCCAUUCACCCCACCAAAUAUACCAGCAACUUGCAGGGAGAUGAACGGCGACUGUAUGAGUUCAUUGUUCGUCAUUUCCUAGCUUGCUGCUCCCAAGACGCUCAGGGUCAGGAGACAACUGUGGAGAUCGACAUUGCUCAGGAGCGCUUUGUGGCCCAUGGCCUCAUGAUUCUAGCUCGAAACUACCUGGAUGUGUAUCCCUAUGAUCACUGGAGCGACAAGCUCCUCCCCGUCUAUGAGGAAGGCUCCCACUUUCAGCCCAGCACUGUAGAGAUGCUAGAUGGGGAGACCAGCCCGCCACAGCUGCUCACCGAGGCCGACCUCAUCGCCCUCAUGGAGAAACACGGCAUUGGUACUGAUGCCACUCACGCGGAGCACAUUGAGACCAUCAAAGCCCGGAUGUACGUUGGGCUCACCUCCGACAAGCGGUUCCUCCCUGGACACCUAGGCAUGGGACUAGUGGAAGGUUACGAUUCCAUGGGCUAUGAGAUGUCCAAGCCUGACCUCCGGGCCGAGCUGGAAGCUGACCUGAAAUUGAUCUGUGAGGGCAAGAAGGACAAGGCUGUGGUUCUGAGGCAGCAGGUGCAGAAGUAUAAACAGGUUUUCACUGAAGCAGUGGCUAAGGCGAAGAAGUUGGACGAGGCCUUGUCCCAGUACUUUGGGGAAGGUGCAGAGACACCCCAGCAAGAAGAGGUCUACCCAGCCAUGCCAGAGCCCGUGCGGAAGUGCCCGCAGUGCCACAAAGACAUGGUCCUGAAGACCAAGAAGAGUGGUGGCUUCUACCUUGGCUGCACAGGUUUCCCAGAAUGCCGACUGGCCGUGUGGCUCCCCGACUCGGUGCUGGAGGCCAGCAGGGACGGGAGCGUGUGUCCAGUUUGUCAGCCAGCCCCGGUGUACAGGUUGAAGUUCAAAUUCAAGCGUGGGAGCCUUCCCCCAACCAUGCCCCUGGAGUUGGUGGGCUGCAUUGGCGGAUGUGAUGAGACCCUGAAGGAGAUCCUGGGCCUGCGAUUUUCACAGGGUCCUCCCAGAGGCAGCCAGCCCUCUGGCCACCUGCAGGCUAGCCAGUCAGUGAACAGGAUGGACAGCGGCCGCUCCCACCCUCCCGGCAGUAGACGGACCAGACCCUCACAGGCCCAGGCCCAGACCUUUCUGCCAGCUGCUGCCACUGGUGAGAGCAACUCCGUGACGUGCAACUGUGGCCAGGAGGCUGUACUGCUCACCGUCCGCAAGGAGGGCCCCAACCAGGGCCGGCAGUUCUACAAGUGCAACAGUGGUGCCUGCAGCUUCUUCCUCUGGGCCGACGGUGGCCAUCCUGGAGCAGGAGGGGGCCCUGCCUCUGCAUCAAGACUCCCGGGAAGCUCACUUGGACACGCGUCAGGCUCAGGCCACCGCUCCGGUGGGCUCAGCAACCCUGGCGAUGGCAGUGGCGGCAGCACGGCCUGCCUGUGCAACCACCCUGCCGUCACGAGGACAGUGCAGAAGGAUGGUCCCAACAAAGGGCGCCAGUUCCACACGUGUGCCAAGCCCCGGGAGCAGCAGUGUGGCUUCUUUCAGUGGGCCGACGAGAACGUGGCCCCAGGGACGUUUGCAGCGCACCCUUGGCCAGGAGGCCGGAGCAAGAGACCCCGGACCAGUUCCUCAGAUCCAGACUCCACGGCAAAGAAAUCAAGGAAAUGCAGUCUUUGCCACCAACCUGGACACACCCGGCCCUUCUGUCCUCAGAAUAGGUGAAGGCCGUACAGGGCAGAGCGGGCCACUUUUUCAGGCUGGGGCUUGAAUGAAGUAGGACUGUGUGUCUGCUCGCUGUUCUCGCAGCGGAGGAGAGCGUUGGGUUUCGGAGUGGCGCUUUUCUUCAUUAAGAAGCACGACGUCCAGACCACCCUCAAGAAGGCUGGCUGUGCUGGACGGUGGCGUUCUGCCAGGGCUCGAGGAAGGGACCACAGCCCCUGCCGAGAAGACGUGCAGCUGCCCCGUGCCCCCGCAGGCAUGGUCACUGGUCGCAUAUGGUGGCGAGGCGGGGGCCAGAGCGCAUAACCUUCGGCAGCGGUGAACUCGGCUGUGGCCCGCUGCACUGCAAACCAAGGAGCACCCCGGGCCGCCUCGUUGAGGGGGCAGCACUUCCUCAGGCCCCUCUCCAUGGCCACGCUGGGUAGGAGGGUGUCACCCUGAGAAGUGGUUCUCCUGAUACCAGCUCUGCAAGGGCGCGUCCGUUCCGUUUCAUCCAGAAGCCCAGGCAGCCCUAGUUCACGCGCCUUAGUAAAGCACUUACUAUUUACUCUGAGAAGCGACAGUGCAGCACAGUGCCUGGCGACAUCUGUAGCAGGGACAGCAUCUCUUCGAGCCGGGGUGGAGGAAGCAUUCGCCAGCUCCAUCUCUGGGGGCUCCUCGGUGAGAGCCAAGGCCAACUUGCGGCCUCCCCAGUUUGUCAGUUGGAACAGAAUCGCCAGUGCAGGACUUAGACCGCGGACGGUCUUCCGCCUUGCCAAGGAUGCACUGCGUGUGUCCCUGUGGAUAGUUCAUAGUUGAUUAGACUGUUUUACAGUUCAGAAGAGAGGCGGGAAUGGGGUAUGAGUGACAUGAUCGCCGUGGCAAGGCUGGUAGCCGAGGACAUAACCAUUGUGAGCUGUGACCUCAGCGCUGCGGCCUGCUGCACUGCAGACCAAGAAGCACCACAGCAAAGAAACGCCGUUCUCAGGGCCCAGACGGAAGGCCUCCGCCCUUCGUUAGACCAUUCUGUGCUGACUGGGUGUCAGGACACAGGGCUCUCCAGGUAUGGAUUCCGGGCCUUGUUCCCGGCACAGCCUAGGCCGCAGGUAAGCAGGUGGGCGUCCCGGCCUGCAAUGCUGGGUUUUCCCAGUCCCCAGCAACCGUCUGCCUACUGUUUGUUCCACAGGUUUACCUAGUAUUGACAUUUUACAUAAAUAGAAUCAUGUAACACCUAACCUGUGUCUGGCUUCUCUCACUUAGCAUGCUGUUUUUAAGGUUCCUUGGAGCAUGGGGUCAGUACUCUGUGGCUGAACCAUUUUUCACUGUGUGCCUACAGUGGUCCCCUUAUCUGUGAGGAAUAUGCUCCAAGACUCCCAACAGACACCUGAAGCCUAUAUGCAGUAUACUGGUUCUGAUUUAACAUUAGUUUAUAAGAUGGGCAUAGUGAGAAAUGAAAAACAGGUUGGGGAUGUUGGCGUGAUUGCCAGCACCAAAAAUUAAAAACACUUUAACACUGAAAUAGAAUAACUAUAACAGCUA